AUGGCGCAAGAGGAAGGCACCAGCUUCGGACCAGGGAGCGAGUUGCGGAGCAUCUACGGAGCCGAGUUUGCUGUGAUUGUCCAGAUGGUUAUUCAAGUAUUACCCACACACCCACUCCAUCCGUAUGUCCUUUCGCAUGCGAGACAAGUCCUUACACUUCACGGUUCCGGGAAAACGCAACACAGCAGUCAAGUAAUACUACGCGAAUUGCCACUGAAAGCGCUGGCUGGCGGUCGUUAUUGGAGGGCCAAUAGGCCGUGUCCGCGCCACUCGGCUCGCGACAAUGGCACCAGCGAUGCUUCUCUGCCACACCUUCGAGAAGAGGAUACCAUGUCCACAAGAGGCAAGAGCGAGGCAACAAAUAAACCGAGCACAUCGUCAUAG